GUUUUUCACUGAAGUGUUCACGUACACAAGCCAAGGAGAUCAUGGUGCGAAAGGGCCGCGCGAAGGAGAACGUCGCCGGCGAGCGGUACGACUCCAAUGCCAUCCCGAUGGCGCAGCCGGCACCUAGUCGUACGCGUCCUCACCCCGGACAAUUCAACCCAGCGGACCUCAUGGGUAUGUUAGGCGGUGGUGGCGGCGGAGGAAUGCCCGAUAUGUCGCAAAUGAUGGAGAUGAUGCAGGGUAUGGGGGGUGGCAUGCCCGGAAUGCCCCCAAUGGGAGGUAUGCCCGGUAUGGGAGGUAUGCCAAUGCCCGGUAUGGGGGGUAUGCCGAUGGGUGGUAUGCCCGGUAUGUCCGGUAUGAUGCCGCCCAUGGAGCCCGUGCGGCCCAAGAUCAUUUACGCUUAUGGACUGGCUGAGGGCACCCCCACGUCGACUUUCAUGACCUUCUACCCCAACUACAUCGACAACAAGAAGACGGUGCAGCAGGGCCGUCGUAUCCCCAAGCAGAACGCAUGUGAGACCCCGAUAGCCGACGAAAUGUCGGAAGUUUGCACGUAUUUCAAGCUACCGCACGUGCUCGAGCCGGCCAAAAAGUAUCCGCGCGACUGGCUCGUCUCGGGUCGUAUCCGCGUACGUCUUGUGCGCGACAAUGGCACACCUGAGAACCCAGACAUCCCGAACCGCAAGACGCUCAUGAUCAAGAUGGCCGAGCUUAUCCCCAAGCUGCAGUCUCGCAAGGUGCGACUGGAGAAGGAGGCCGAAGAGGCCAAGAAGAAGGCAGCGGCUGCAGCUGGAGCUGCGACAACGUCUGGCGGUGGCAAGAAGAAGGGAAAGAAGAAAGGCAGGAGAUAAACGUAGCACUAGAGCUGAGGAGCUACAUCAGAGGCUAGAGCCUAUGGUAGGGUCAAUACAGGACCGUUCACGCUUCAUUUUUGUGUCGUUGAUCUCCAC